UUGCGCUGCUGGGACAUUUGAAUCAAGCGGUAUAGCUGAACAUUGCUGGGGUCGUUCAUUUCUAGGAAUCGUCGAUACCGAGACGUUUCUUUAGCUGGUCUAUAUCAUGUGCUGAGUGGAAUGCUGGGGUUUAUAUUAAGCUAGCUAAAUCGUAUAAUUCUCAGUGGAUAGAAUAUGAGGACUCUGCUUCGGCCUGCACUGACCGCUCGGGAGCAUUUUGGUGCCUGUGGGAUAUUGGGCAGGAGGGCCGCCAGCUAUGCUUCCAUCAAGGACGUGACCAAGCUGCAGGAGAAGAAGAUGAACAAGAUUCUCUUUCCAAUACUGGGCUUGGAGAAGUAUCUCAGCCCCAACAUGGACAAGAAGCACUUUAGACUCUUUGACCCCAGUCUUGAGCAGAUCGCUAAAGCGGAAGAAUUGUUCCGUCCGUCUGAUAAGCACCCGAUAGACUAUGUCACCUCUGCCAUCAGGAUGGACCAUGCCCCGAGCCUUACCCAGCCUGAGGUUUGUUUCAUAGGAAGAAGCAAUGUCGGCAAAUCCUCCUUAAUAAAGGCCUUGUUUUCUCUUGUCCCAGGGAUUGAAGUCAGAGUGUCCAAAACCCCAGGUCACACCAAAAAGAUGAACUUUUUCAAAGUGGGGAAAGUGUUCACCCUGGUGGACAUGCCAGGCUACGGGUAUAAAGCUCCGGAUGACUUUGUGGAGAUGGUGGAACCGUACCUACAAGUGAGAAAAAAUUUAAAGCGUACGUUUUUGCUGGUGGACAGUGCCCUUGGAUUCCAGAAAGCGGAUCUCAUUGCGGUGGAAAUGUGCGAGGAGUUUGGUAUCCCUUAUGUUAUUGUAGCCACCAAGAUUGACCGGUCGCCCACUGGAGUGCUGCUUACACAGUACCUGCAGAUCCAGGAGUUCAUAGAGAAGCAAACACAGGGGUGUUACCCACAACCAUUCCUAGUCAGCUCAAUGCAGUUCUCCGGAAUCCACCUGCUCAGAUGUUUUGUUGCUCACGUAACAAGAAACCUGCCCACAUAACCGGUCACUCCCAAGUGGCCUACUUCACUAAUCUUUUGUUAUUCUGCAGGAAGAAUUACCAGUUAUUGCACUGGGGUUAGUUUAUCUCAGCGAUACUAAGUGAAUAGAGAUUACCCUUCUAUGAAUGGGAAGAAAAACUGUUCUUGGUGCAUGGAAAGGUCCACUAAACCCACCACUUGCAUAAAAUAAGCUCAGUAAAUCAAUGAUACAAGUGGAGAAUACUUUAUUCAAAUUUUAAAAAUAUAAAUAAAUAAAAGUCAACACAUUAAA